AUGUUCGCCUUCCUUCACACCCUGCUCGAGUUCAACUCCCACGUCACGCUAUUCCAGCGUAUGAUGUUCCUGUUCUCCUUCUGCCUCUCUGGCAUCAUUCUCGCGGUCCAGGCCUCGCAGGCUGGGGAACCGGAUCACUUGCGCAUCCGCUGGACGCGCUUGACGGAACAGAGUCGUCCCUACUGGUACACUUUCUACGUCACCCAAGUCUUCCUCUUCGUCACCGGCGCCUACCCCAUGCUCUACGACAAGAUGACAAUGUACAUUGGCAGCGGCUACGAGGAGCAGAUCCUCAACAUCAUCUGGGUCGGUCUGCUCAGCGUCGAGGCCCUCAUGGUUGCCGGCGUCGCCGGUGUCGCGAUUACGCGCAAGUUCAAGGGCGCGCCGAAGCAGAAGACGAACUGA